UGGAGAGCAAAAGCAGCAGCUCGCGCACCGAACUUCAGGUGAGCUCAUGGUUGUACUGCGUCAUAUCUCCGUGGCGUUCAGCGCCGCUAUGGCUGCGGUCGGGACCGCGUUGUUUAUCGCACUCAAUCACUUUGAUAAAAGACGGGUAUGGACACCAGAGUUAGACUACUACACGUUCCGAGAGGAGGAGGAGGAGCACAGUGAGAAGCAGGUGCUUGUUCUUGGGUUGGACGGCGCUGGUAAGAGCAGCGUUCUGCAGGGGCUGAGUGGAGCGGGCUCCAGGAGGGGCUGCCGACCCACACGUGGCUUCAACUUCAUCAGCCUACACACACCUGCAUGCCAGCUGGACUUCUUGGAAAUUGGAGGUGGUGAAGACUUGCGAAUGUACUGGGUAGAUUACCUAAGGAGAACACAUAUCUUGGUGUACGUGGUGGACUCAUCUGAUAGAGCCCGGCUCCCUCAGGCCAAAGACGAGCUCCAUCGAUUACUUAAAGCAGACACUGAUAUUCCAGUGGUGGUCUUGGGAAACAAGCAGGAUAAGCCCGACACUGUUAGCAUCCCGGAGCUGCGUGAGGCUCUCUCCCUGAGUUCAGUAGCUGAUCAGAGGAAGCUUUUCCUGCUGGCUGCUCAGUUGGAAUCUGAUGGAUUAAGCAGAACCUGCAGCCUCCAAAUGUUCCAGGACCUGCUUCUGACGUUGGUAUGA